AUGACCAAACCGCGCGAUAGGCUCCAAUCUGGACGGUCGAAAAGGCGGUCCUUGGGCUCCUCGGGCCUGGGUUCCGUGCCUACUCGUGUUAACCCACUAAGGGAGAGCAUAUCCUCGUCAUCGACAACUAGAACCGUUCCUUGCGCAGAAACUCAGUUCUUCGGCUCGACAGCCUUCCCGGCAAUUAUCAGUGAUGACCAGAAUGUUGUUGAUCGCUAUCUGGGGCAGCUUCCUGCUCAGGAGCUUUCUUCUAGUGCAGACCAUCUACACCAUCAGGAUAAGUAUUCAGAGAAACAGAUAUCGGAGGGCACUAAAGUGUUGAAUUUGCUGUUUGAGUUUCCAGGAUUUGCAGACAGUAUUUGCAAAUACCUCGAGCUUUCCUAUACGUGCAUGGUACCGCAUCCUUUUAUCAAAGCUUGUAUCGAAUCUAUACAGGAAACGAUGCAAAGGUCAAGGGGUAAUCGUCUGAGGCAACUUGUCGUGACUCUGUUCGCAAACACUGCCAAGCCUUUGGAUGCCUUUACCACUGUGCCGGCGAAGGCCUACCAUACCUUGUUCACUGGGCCCAAUAUCAGAUGGGAAAUUAUUGGCUUUGUCCUUGCCAUUCUUGGUGUAUCACUUAAAUACGAUGUCAAUAAACGAACCAAACCUUCGGCAACCUCACAAUCUGACCAGAAGCUGGAUUUCAUUCAUCGUCUCGCUGAAGGCGUCGAUUAUUGUACGGCGGUUUGCAACAAUUGCAAUUGUGUUAGCCCCCAGGCCCUAUGGUUACUUUAUGGGAAUGCCUGCUUGAAGAACCUGGUCUACGGUGACAUGAUCCAGGCUGAUUGUAUAGGCUUCCAAUUAUGGCGCUGCAUGGGCGAUGUUUCAAGCAUGUUCUUCGCCCUUGGGCUUCACCAGGAGGAUUCUAGACUUGAAGCAACAUAUCCUUUCUAUCAAGUUGAAUUGAGAAGGAGAUACGCAGCUCAGAUAUAUUCAAUGGACAAAACAAUCAGUACUUUCCUUGGCCGCCCACCCAGAAUUUCGGGAUCUUACUGCGCCAAUACCAUGCCCGCUGAUAUUGACGAUGAGGUACUUCUGCUAGACGGAGAGGAACUAGAUGAGGUAUUGUGCAAUGUCGAUGCGAACGGCUGGAAUAUGGAUCGUCAGUUCCGUGGUGCGACCUGGAGGCGGAUGAAGCUGAUUAUCAGCCAGUUUCGGGAGGAAAUACUUGGUCUAUGUCUAGGGACGCGUUUCUCGAGUGGCAGUGAGGCUCUGGCAAAGGAUAUACUGGCCCGACAGGAAGUUGUGUGGGACCAGAUUCCACCAGAACUCAAAUUUGACGAAGUCACAGGGUCUCAGCACAUACCUCCUCCUCAGCGGUAUGUUGUGAUGACUACUUACAUGGAUCAAAAAUACACCUGCUUCUUAUUGCAUCGAAAACUCCUGAAUGAGACGACGGAAUGGACGCGAGAGCAUCUGUACAGGAUCUCAAGGUCACUGUUGAACACAGUAUUGCAGGUAGUGUCGCUCUCUGAUCAGGUCUCCAACAUGCAGCGAGAUAUAUCCUGGCCCAUGCUCUAUUACGGGUUACCAGGAGCCAGUAUCCUGGCAGUGGACUUACUGAAGCACCUGCACCCUUCAUUCAACACUCCGAACCCCCAUAUCAAUGUGGUUCCUCGAGCCGAGGUCAUACAAAACCUGGCCGUGUUUAUCUCGAACCUUCAAAGGAGCAUCAAUCGAAGAGAAGUGAACUGUGAAACUUGCAGACGGGCACAUGGGAUUCUGUCCCGUAUCCUAGACGAGAUAAUCGACCCAACAAACGGCGAACCAGCAAUCUUAGAUACUGCAGUACAGCAGAUGCCAACCAGCACACCGAUUCCGUUUCCCUCUGGAAUUGAUAAUGACCUCAAUAUUGAAAGCUUCUUCAGCCAGCUUGGAUACUGGGACUUGGCGCUUGAUACUUCGGCCACCGUGCUAUAG